AUGUGCGGUUUUGGUUUCGUGGCUUACGGUUUUGAUUGUUGGCAUCGCUCAAUUGAUUUUUCACUAAUGCCAUGGCAAAAAAAAAAAAGAAAAAAAAGAGAAGUGAAAUGUUUUGCUAGGCGUACGGCAGACAUU